AUGGCCACCCAACCUUCCGAGGUUUGGGAGGACCCUAACUAUCCCCAACCCGCCAUGACGCAUGGCACCUUCUUCCCACAAACCCUUAUGCCCAUGGUCCAGCCCAUGAGCCAGCCCAAUAGUUUCCUCCAAAGUGAGAUUUUGCCCCAAUAUGACAUGGGGCCAGCUGCACCGGGCCUUCGAGGCCCCUUUGAUCCUUGCCUCCCACAUCUUCCAGCCACCAAUACCCCCUUCCCCCACCCCCUUCCCCAAGGCCACUUCUCUCAGCAGCCUCCCAAUCCCGCCCUAGAUCACCUCCAACCUUGUCAGGGGGAAUCUUCGGAGCGAUCACUUGGCUCUCGCCAGAGGGAAAGCUCCCUAGAAGUCUUGUCCUCCCCCUCAAGCACGCCUCCUCCCGACGCGCCCACCCCUUCAUUCUACUUGGACAAUCUAGAUCCUGGUGACAGCAAUGUCAUCGGGUAUCAAUAUGUCCCUCAAUCGGAAAGGGAUGUGGAUUGGGGCCGAUUAUUUUGCGGCACAGACGAGGACUUGGGUGCUAACGUUGGACCUCCUAGUGAGAGUGUCAACCCGUGCCCUCCCGUCGUCGCUCCUCUUGCCGGGUCUGGUUCCGACCAGACCUUUCGCUGUUCGUGCUGUCGCAAGGACCAGCCAGUAAUGAGCUUCUCUCGGGAUGGUAGCAUCCCAACCGAGCUGAGCCGCUAUAUGAGUUGCGGCACGUGCCGGCAAAAGAAGAGGCCCUACCAUCAACCAAGGGGGGACCAGAGCAGCACUGGGUCCCAGGCCGAAAGGCCGUGCAUUGUCUGCAAGGCACAGCGGCCGGUCGAAGGCUUCCCGAAGGUAGGGUCCAGACCUUCGCGAAGAUGCGCCAGCUGUGUCGGCGAGGGUCGACAGCCGGAGGAGCGCCCUGCCAAGCGCCCACGGUCGGGUUCCAAGGAGAGCACGUCUUCUUCUUCGCGUGCAUCUCCGACGGAACCCGUCCAGCCUGGCCACGCAUACUGCUCCGGCUGCAGCAAGACCCAAGCGGUCGACCAGUUCGCGGACCCCCGUCGAGAGGGUCACCUGUUGCGAACUUGCCUUCAAUGUCGUACUCGGAAGAAUACGGCAGAUAAGAAGAAGAGGGAGCAAAGGUCGAAGAAGAAUUGA